UGUAAUCUUUCCGAUAGGAUGAUAUCUAGCAAAGGAAUAAUUGACGUCAAAACUGAGUGUUAUUCCAGUCUGUCAGUAAGCAAGCAAGAUGAUGCGCUGGCUACCGCUUCUUUUCGUUGCCCUAUUGGGUAGCAGCUUUACACUACUUGUCGAAGGAGCGCCGGCUCCUGAACUAGCAAUCGAAUUCGGCGAUGACGUCAUCACAGAAGACGGUAAGAAUGUUGUCACUUGUACCCUCUGUGCAACGAUAGUUGAAGACGUCGUAAUUAUGCUGGAAAAUGGCACCGUAACGGACGAUCAGAUCAUCAACUACAUUAUUGACACCUGUGCUAGAUUGAAUAUUUUUAGCAAUCCCGACCAGGUGUGCGGCGGAAUGGCGGCAAUCGCUCUGCCAACUAUCAAGUACAUCUUUAGCACGGGUGUCGUAAUUCCGGGCAACAUCUGCGGCAUGCUUCUACAAGGCCAAGAAUGCGGAUUGUCCGACCCUGAACCCUUAGAAUGGACCAUUGAACCCAGUUCAAACAUUAAGCCGCCUGUUAACCAACCAAGCCAGCCACCGACAGGAUCACCGACGAUUAAAGUGCUGCAUUUAGCCGACAUUCACUACGAUCCGGAGUACCUUGCUGGAUCCUUGGCCGUAUGCGGAGAUCCUCUCUGCUGUCGUGCUUCAUCAGGUGACGUUGUAAACGCCACCGAUGCUGCCGGAUACUGGGGAGAUUAUCGUACCUGCGAUUUACCCUGGUAUUUAAUAGAAAACUCAGUUUCUCAAAUGGCUUCCCUGCAUCCGGAUGUUGGCUACAUUAUCUGGACUGGAGAUUUGACGCCCCAUGAUGUCUGGUCAACUGCCAAAGAUGAAAACAUCAUGAUCAUUGACCGUUUAAUGACUCUGGUAGCACAGUACUUCCCUGGCGUACCUGUUUAUCCGACUCUAGGAAAUCACGAGUCUCAUCCAGUUAACACUUUCGCUCCUCCUGAGAUAACGGAUCCUGAAUUCAAUACCGCUUGGUUGUACGACGAAGCCGACCGACAGUGGGCUCGGUGGCUUCCGGCUGAAGUUUCUUCCACUAUCCGAUAUGGAGGCUUUUACACUGCUUUGGUCCAACCGGGUCUGCGCAUCGUUUCGAUGAACAUGAACUAUUGUUACACUUUGAACUACUGGACCUAUUACAAAUCACAAGAUCCAGCCUCGAGUCUUCUCUGGCUUAGCCAAGUUCUAGAAGAAGCUGAACUGGCUGGCGAAAAAGUGCACAUUUUAAGCCAUAUUCCACCCGGAAAUGGCGACUGCUGGACCAUUUUUAGUCGGGAAUUUUCCAAGAUCAUUAACCGUUUUGAAUCAACCGUAGCAGCGCAGUUUUAUGGACACACUCAUAAGGACGAAUAUAAAAUUUUCUACGACACAGUUGACGUCAACCGACCUGUUAACGUGGCCUUUAUUGCGCCAAGUCUUACCACCUACUCCAAGCUUAAUCCAGGAUACCGUACAUACACUGUAGACGGCCAACGACCUGAUUCUACUUGGUCUGUGCUAGAUUUCAACACUUACAUCAUGAACUUGACAGAUGCCAAUCAAAAAGGUUCAGAAGUCGAUCCUGUUUGGUAUGAGCUCUAUCAGGCCAAACAAGAAUAUAAUCUUACUGAUUUGACUCCACAGUCCAUGGAUGAACUCUUCCAGCGAAUGAAGGCAGAUGACGCACUCUUCCAGCUCUAUUACAAAAACUACUACAAGAACGCGGAUGAAGCUGUGGCUGAAGGUUGCAACAAUCGUUGCAAAUCAAAUAUGCUUUGCCGUAUUGUUACUACUGAUAUUGCGGACCAAAGCAAAUGCUAGGAAAUUCGAUUAGAAAUUCAAUUUUGGCUCUGCAUCCGCACCCUUUAUUUACUUUAGACGACAUUUCAUUAUACACUCGUUGUAAAAUCAAAGAAAUACAUAGCUUGAAGAUAUAAUAA